AACACACCGUCACCUAAUUUGUACUCUCAUCUUCCUCAUUUACCGUUCGCCUAAGCUUUCCCCAAAUCGAAGCUAGGAAGCUGUGAAUGGGGCGGAGGCGACUUGCUGUCAACGUCGCCGCUUCAUGGUGGAUUUUCGCUUCACUUCUCGCCUUCGCCCGUGCCUUAACUCCUGAUGGGGAAGCUCUUCUGGAGCUUAAGCUGGGUUUCAACGACGCCAAGAGGCUGUUGUGGAGCUGGCGGCCUACGGAUUCCCACCCUUGCUCAUCCUGGCUCGGCGUCUCCUGCCACCCUUCCGACCUCACCGUCCGGUCAAUUGACUUACCAUAUAUGCAGCUCGGUGGCAUCAUCUCCCCGAGCAUUGGCCGGAUUCGGAGGCUUCAAAGAUUGGCUUUGCACCAAAACAGCUUGCACGGUCCUAUUCCAAUUGUGAUAAAAAACUGCACUGAGCUAAGAGCAUUGUAUCUGAGAGCUAAUUACCUUCAAGGGAACAUUCCACCCGAGAUUGGAGAACUUGUGCACCUUACCAUCUUGGACUUGUCAAGUAAUUUGCUCAGGGGCACAAUUCCUCCAUCUAUUGGCUCUCUGAAUCAACUACGAUUUUUAAAUUUAUCAACAAAUUUCUUGUCUGGUGAGGUUCCAACCGUUGGAAUCCUUGUAACUUUCCAAAGCACUUCGUUUGUUGGGAAUUUGGAACUAUGUGGUUUGCAAGUUCAGAAAGUUUGUCGUGGUACUGGUACAUUGGGCUUUCCUGCAGUGCUACCACAUUCUGAUGCUUACGCUUCUCCUGAAUUAGCAUCAUUUUCAUCCAAAAGAUCUUCACAUUUUUUGAAUGGUAUCAUAAUUGGCGCUGUCACUACCAUGGCCCUUGCAUUAGUUGCAAUCCUUGCAUUCCUAUGGAUUUGUUUACUAUCAAGAAAGGAAAGACUUGCUGGAAACUAUGUUAAAAUGCAAAAACAACUUGUUCAAGAUGGUGGCACCAAGCUUGAUAUUUUCCAUGGAAACCUUCCAUAUUCAUCCCAGGAAAUUAUAAAAAAGCUAGAGCUACUUAAUGAAGAUGAUAUGAUUGGUUCUGGAGGAUUUGGUACGGUCUACAAGAUGGUGAUGGAUGAUAAUAGUGUUUUUGCUGUUAAAAAGAUUGAUAUAAACCGUGAGAUAUCUGAUCAGAUUUUUGAGAGAGAGCUUGAGAUUUUGGGUAGCAUCAAGCACAUCAACCUUGUCAAUCUUCGAGGUUAUUGUAGACUGCCAUCUGGAAGACUUCUCAUUUAUGACUAUUUGGCUUUGGGGAAUCUAGACCAUUACCUUCAUGAAGAAAAUCAAGAAGAGCACCCAAUGAAUUGGAAUGCACGGAUGAAGAUCGCUCUUGGCACUGCAAGAGGACUUGCAUACUUGCACCAUGAUUGCACUCCCAGGAUUGUCCACAAGGACUUCAAAUCCAGCAACAUUUUACUUGAUAGGAGCUUGGAACCUCAUCUAUCAGAUUUUGGUCUGGCAAAAUUGCUUGUAGAUGGUGAUGCGCAUGUCACCACGGUAGUCGCAGGCACUUUUGGCUACCUUGCACCAGAGUACCUCCAAAAUGGACUCGCAACACAUAAGUCAGAUGUAUAUUCCUUUGGUGUCCUGUUGCUGGAAUUGGUGACUGGAAAAAGGCCUACAGAUCCAUCCUUUGUGAGACGUGGAUUGAACAUUGUUGGCUGGUUGAAUACUCUGACUGAGGAGAGCAGUUUGGAUGAAAUCGUCGACCAGAAGUGCGGAAACAUAGAUGCUGAAGCAGUAGAAGCAAUCCUCGACAUUGCUGCAAUGUGCACUGAUGCAAACCCAGACCACCGCCCUUCCAUGAGUAGGGUUCUGCAGAUGCUCGAGGAGGAGAUCAUGUCGCCCUGCUUGAACGAGGAGCUCUAUGAAUCGCAUUUGUACGUCUGAUUGUAUGCCUUGUUUGCUUUCAUGAGUGCAUGAAAACUUGCUGCUGUACAAAAAUUGCUCGUCAGCUUGGGACUCUUCACCCAUGAAGCCGUAGUUAAGAAAUUUUGACGUUUGGAGGUCGCGUGUUUGGAUGUAUGGAUUUGAUCAUUAAGCAUGCUUAUUGCCUUUCAAAGAGUACAUAAAGCUGUUAUUAA